AUGGAAUACGAAUCAUAUCAAGUACAAAGCUCAAUGAACGGAUAUAGUCAUCGUGCUCACUCUCGCAAUGGUGGUAUGGAUGAGUACAUAAUGCAAGAACAUAUAGAUUCGAUGAAUGCUCAAUUGAGUUCAACGCGUGCUCAACGUAUUCGGGCAGCUAUCUUUCCUGAAACACUUGAGGAUGGUGCACCAGAUGGUGUAUCUAUGCCCAUGCCGUCAACGCAAUUUGUUAAUGGUCAACCAACAGCCGUACAAAAACUAUCCGAGCCAUCUCAAUUGUUAAAAAAUGCAGUUAUUGAUAUAAUUAAUUAUAAAGAAGAUGCUGAAAUAACUGAGAGAGCCUUACCUGAAUUAAUCCGUUUACUGAAUGAUGAUGAUCCAAUUGUAGCUGGACAAGCAGCUUUAGUGUUACAUACAUUAGCCAAAAAGGAAGCAAGUCGAUUAGCAUUAUCAACGCCACAAAUGAUUCAAGCAUUACUUCAAUCUAUAUCGAAUCCACGUGCUAAUGAUGAAACACGUCGCGGUGUCGCAGGUGUUCUCCAUUGUUUAUCUCAACAAAAACAAGGUCUACUCCUUAUGUAUAAAGGAGGUGUUAUUCCAUUGCUUGUUCGACUUUUAGAUUCACCAAUUGAAUCUGUUGUUAACUAUGCACUAUCAACAUUACAUAAUUUAUUAUUACAUUUAGAACAAGCAAAAUUAGAAAUUCUUCGUUGUGGUGGUUGUCAAAAAAUGGUUGGCUUAUUAAAUAGUUCUAAUCCAAAAUUUCUUGCUCUACUUACUGAUUGUCUUCAUAUGUUAGCAUUUAAUAAUGAAGAAGUUAAGAUCAUUAUGGAAUCAAGUAAUGGCCCACAACAAUUAAUACGCAUAUUAGAAUUAACUGAUUAUGAAAAACUCUUAUGGACAACCACGCGUCUUCUUCGUGUUUUAUCUGUUAGUCCAUCGAUAAAAUUAGUGAUGAUAUCAAAAAAUUCAGUUCAUAUACUUGAAAAACAGUUAUAUCAACCAAUAAGUUUACGUGUACAACAAAAUUGUUUACAAAUUCUUCGCAAUUUAUCUGAUCAAGCUGUUAAAUUAGAAAAUCUUGAUUCACUUAUUCAACUACUUAUUGAAUUGUUACAAACAAAUGAUUUAAUAACUGUUUCAUGUGCAGUUGGUAUUAUAUCAAAUUUAACAUGUAACAAUCAAUAUAAUAAAAUGGCUGUAGUACAAUCCAAUGGUGUAAAUGCACUUAUUAAUACUAUAAUCCAAGGCCAUGAUAAAGAAGAAAUUUUAGAACCAGCUAUAUGUGCAUUGAGACAUAUCACAUCUCGACAUUCACAUGCAAGUGAAGCUCAAGAUGCUGUUCGAAAUGUAAAUGGUCUUUUACCGAUUGUUGACUUACUUAAUCCAUCAUUAUAUUCAUGGCCUAUUAUUAAAUCAACAAUAAGUCUAUUACGAAAUUUAGCAUUAUCGCCAAAUAAUCUACCAGUUUUGCGUGAAACAGGUUCAAUACAAAAGCUAGCUCAAUUACUUGUUCGAAGCCAUCAAGAAUUGCAAAGACAACAACCAAAAGUGGAAUUAAUUGAUAAUUAUAUACGUAUGGAUGAUAUACUUGAAGCAUGCGUUAGUGCACUACAUAUCAUUGCCAAAGAUCAACAAAAUAGAGUUAUUAUUCGUGAUCUUGAUUGUAUUCCAUUGUUUGUUCGACUGCUUUAUCCACCAUCAAGUGUACCAAUUCAACGUGCAGCUGCAGGAGUUUUAUGUGAACUUGUUAAUGAUCGUCUAUGCGCUGAUAUAAUUGAACAACAAAAUUGUACGCCAAAAUUAACUGAGUUACUUAAAUCAAACGAUGAAGGCGUUGCUACCUAUGCAGCAGCAAUUUUAUUUCGUUUGUCCGAUGAUAAACCAUAUGAUAUGAAAAAUCGUUUAUCACAAGAUGUUACUACAGCAUUAUAUCGGGAUGAACAUCUAAUGAAUAAUCACUAUGGCCUAGCCAAUGGUUCGGUUGCUGGUUCUUACUCAAACCCCUAUCGAGCAACACCACCACCUCUUCAUGAUGUGCCAACAAUGAAUUAUUAUGCAUCAGAAGGUGCAGGUGGUAGUGGUCUUGGAAACCUAAUGGAUAAUCAAGUGCUAGUUGGAGAUCGAGAUAUGAUGCAAGCAUCUCCUCGUUCUGCAAAUCAUCAUCAAACUCCACCACCACCUCAUAAUAAUUCACAAAUGGCAGCUUGGUUUGAUACUGACUUAUCGUUUGACACCAAAAAAAAAGUCAUAAUGAUUCCACGUACUCUUCUUCGUACAGUUCUAACAUCAAACGUUCAGAUAUCUUGUGGUUUUCAACGAACAUUUGGAAUAUUUAGUAGUGCAGCAUCAAAUAAAGCGGCAGCUCGUUCGAAAUGCUUUUUUGAUGUUCAUGUUGAUGAUAAACCACUCGGGCGCAUUACAUUUCAACUUUAUAAUGAUGUUGUUCCGAAAACGGCUGAAAAUUUUCGAGCUCUAUGUACUGGUGAAAAAGGCUUUGGUUAUAAAAAGUCAAUAUUUCAUCGAGUGAUUCCAAAGUUUAUGUUACAAGGUGGUGAUUUUGAACGACAUAAUGGUACUGGUGGUUCUAGCAUCUAUGGAAAAAAAUUCGCUGAUGAAAAUUUUCAAAUGAAACAUACAAAAGAAGGUCUACUUUCCAUGGCUAAUUCUGGCAAGAAUACGAAUGGCUCACAGUUCUUUAUAACAACAGUAGCAACACCUUGGCUUGAUGGUAAACACGUCGUCUUUGGUGAAGUUGUUGAUGGUAUAGAAACAGUGAAAAAAAUCGAAGCAUUAGGUUCACAAUCUGGUCAAACUCAAAAAAAGAUCACCAUUGCUGAGAGUGGUGAAUUAAAAAGCGAAGAAAAUCUUAAAUAA